CUUCCCCUUUAAGUACAGUCUGUGCAGCGAAGACAUCAUCGGUUGUUGGUGGAGGAACGUCCAUGGAAGCUUCUCAGGAGGCGUCUGCUUCGUUUGGUAACCGGAGCCACUGUGACGAGGUCCGAUGGGUGCUGCACGUCAAGCGCACUCUCGAAACCAUGAACGAGGAGGACUACUCGCGAGGCCCUGUCUCCAUCUUCGGCGUGCCUAAGAGCUUCCUCUCCGUCAAGCCGGAAGCGUACAUCCCACAGAUCGUCGCGCUUGGCCCGUACCACCACUGGGAUCGCCAGCUCUACCAGAUGGAGCACUACAAGCUCGCCGCCACCAAAAGAAUCCAAAACCAGCUCCAGCUCCACGGCUUCACGUUCCAACAAAUCGUCGACUACUGCGUGUUGAAGGAGCACGCCAUUCGAUCCUGCUACCACAGGCACAUCGAUCUCCAUGUGGAUACCUUAGCAUGGAUGAUGGCGAUCGAUGCCUCGUUCUUGCUCGAGUUCCUUCGCAACUUCUCCUGUGAGAAGGGUCCAUCGAUGUCGCAGAUGACGGACUUGAUGGGGAUCAAGAUGGCUUGCAACUCGAUCUUGAGAGACGUCGUGAUGCUGGAGAAUCAGAUCCCACUCUUCCUAAUUCGGAAGAUGCUGUGCUUCCAGCGCUCCUCAAGUCAAGCUGCGGAGGAUGAGCUCUCCAUGAUGUUGGUCAGGUUCCUGAAGGCGGUUUCUCCUUUCACGGCCACGCAGAGCCUCGCAAGGAUCGUCCAAGUCAAGCGAUACGCGCACUUGCUGCAGCUGCUCUACUGCAUCAUCGUCGCCGACGCCAAAGAUAUGUGCAGCAGCAGCAACAACAACAACGAGAUAGAGUGUGUGAUCGAUGCGGCUGAAUCGAACAACGAGCAGAAUAAAGUCGAUUCGCAAUACUCGACGCAGCUUUUUGACUCGGUCUGGAGUUCGGCGUCCGCCCUACACAUCAUGAAUCUGCUCAUAGUGAAGCCCAUCGAGUUCCUGUUGAAGGUCCCAUGGCCUGUCGUGACUGCCGUAUUCAGAGGGGUGAGUAGGUCCUACAACCCCAUUCCAGGUGAACCAUUGUUGGCCGAAGAGAUCGAGAUCCCAUCCGUCACCGAGCUCAUCAAAAGCGGCGUCAAGUUCGCGGCCACCGAAGGAGACUUGAGGACGAUCGAGUUCGACACGAAGACCGCCACGUUCUACUUGCCGACCAUGCUUUUCGACGCUAAUUCCGAGGUCGUGCUGAGGAACCUGGUAGCAUACGAGACGGUGGCGGAGCCGGGUCCGCUGGUCUUCACUCGCUACACCGAGCUGGUGAACGGGAUCAUCGACACCAAGGAGGACGUGCGGCUGCUGAGACGAUCCGGGGUCGUCCAGCACUGGAUGAAGAACGACGAGGAGGUGGCGAAGCUGUGGAACGGGAUGAGCAGGUCGGCGAGGCCGACCAAGGUGGACUUCCUCGACAAGGUGAUCUCCGACGUGAACGGCUACUACAAUAGCAGGUGGAGCGUCAGGGCUCGGCGGUUCAUCAAGAACUACGUGACCGGCUCGUGGCAGGUGCUGACGUUCCUGGCCGCCAUCUUGCUCCUGUUGCUGACCUGCGUCGACGCCUUCUGCUCCGUCUUCCUCUGCAGCUCGCUCUGGUCGAGCCUCGUGUGAAGAGUCAAAGCGAGAAGAACCAUUGCCUAAUGUGUCUUCUUUUGCACUCGGUCUCGUUUACAGAACAGGAAACACAAUCGAGGAGCAAAGAGAUGAUCUGUUCAAUUAAUUUAGCAACUAAAUUAAAAGAAUUUAAAU